AAUGGAUCUAUCACCCGGUGAUAAGGCCGGUGACCACGGAGCAGUGUGAGACUCUGCCCAUUGUACCCGUGCAGUCGCAAGCGUCCCGUGCUAUACUGCCCGAGGUCAUGACGGCACAUAGUGUGGCGGGUGAGGAGAGGCGGGAGCCGGUGAGGAUCAAGGCUAAAGGACUGCUGGAGAGGCGAGGCUCGAGUGCCAGCCUCACCAUCGACCUGUUGCACCCCAGCCAGGAAAAUCUGAGUGUGACACCCACAAGGGAGUGCACUGCAGAGGAGUAUCUAUUGUCUGUGGGCAAUGUGCUGAGCAGGGGUCAGCUCAGGAAUUGCCUAAAAGACGCUCGAGCUCUGCACAAGGAAUUCUGGGACCUGCCCCUCAACCACCCAGACAAACUUGAGAUUCCUGGCAGUGGUUCAAAAAAUAGAUAUAGGACAAUCAUCCCAAAUGAAAACACCAGGGUACACCUCCCAACGGAGACUGCCUCAGAUCCUUUGACCGGCUACAUCAAUGCUAACUACAUCAGGGGCUACGACGGAGAAGAAAAAGCGUUUAUAGCGACACAAGGGCCCCUGGCCAACACAGUGGGAGACUUCUGGCAUAUGGUUUGGUCGGAGCGUUCUCCCGUCAUUGUUAUGAUUACCAAACUCAUGGAGAAGAACCGCGCCAAGUGCGAACUGUACUUCCCCAUCGACCCGGGCGCCACGGAGGUCUACGGUGACAUUGCAGUGACAGUCUUGUCUAUCGUGGUUAAGGAUGGCUACAUCAUCCGGCACUUUGGAUUGCAGAAAGGUGAUGAGAUCCAGCGAGUGACUCACUUUUGGUUCGACUCCUGGCCUGACCAUAAAACUCCUGCCAACGCUCAUUCUCUUCUCUGCUUGGCCAAGGAUGUGGAGGCCUACCGUUUCAAGGAUGUGCAAAGGGGGAGUACUUCUUCAUGGCCUCACUCUCCAAAACCUGUCAAGUCUGAUGAAGCAAAGGCAGAACAAACAGAUUUACUAUCUCCUUGUCCUGAAGCUGCAAGUCCUCCAUCACUAAAAGAGACAAGUCCGGUCCUCAAUUUUGGUCGUUUGGAGUUCAAAGACGAUGAGCCUGACAAAGAAUUGAGAACGAGUCCAGCGAAAAGUGAUGACGAUAAUCUUAUCUUACUGAACCAGACUGAGUCUUCUGAAUCAGGAUCUGCUUUUCAACCGACCAUUGAAGCAAUUAAUGUUGAGAUCUCCUCUGAUCCGGAGAAAAUGGAAUAUAAAAUUGUGCCAGUGCUACAAGCAGACAAGUUGAACAGUCCUACGUUUUACGACAGGUCUUUGUACUCCAAUGAUGAUGUAUUUCAAGUGGGUUCACUUCCACAGAAGAGUCCAGUUCAAGCUAGAGUCCAAUUGGAGAACAUUCGUUCCAGGUCCGUGGAAGCUGCUCCUACAAGCUUGAGUAGUUCGCAUAAAUCUGACGAUCAGAAAAGUGCUCCAAGCGAGUUUUUUGAUUUUGAUAAACUGACGAUUGCGCAAGAAGCAGUAGUGACAUCCACAGAUGAAUCUGUCUCUUCAGAGGACAGGAAGAAGUCUUUGGAAACCAGUGAGAACCUUCCGGACAGUUUUGAAAAAAAGAUAUACCGCGGGAUCACAUGCACAUCCAGUCCCAACUGGACCUCUGAUGCAAGUCCAAAUUUGACACACAGCUUUGAUAAGAGCACUUCGAAACUGUCUGUGGAUAGUCUGAGCUGGGGCGGGUUGGACAUUAUGAGCCCAAACCUGACGAGCUCGGAGAAGAGUCCCAACCGGACACAGUCAUCAAUAGAGAGCCCAGUGACCCAGAGCUCAAGUGAGGGCAGGAGGUGGCCUAGGAGCUCUGACAGCAGCAAGCAGUGGACCCGCAGCUCCCAGGGCAGUUCUGGUUGGGCUCAAAGCUCGGAGGACAGCCCCUGGUGGUUUGACAAGGACCAGGAACCAGAAAAUACUUCCAAUGCUCGCAGCCCAAGAGAGUGGCUGGACAAGAGUCCCUUGCUCAGUCGAAGGUCUCGAGAGGGUUCUGUGAACUUUUUGUGGAGUGACUUGCCACGAGGUCAGGCUGCGGGACCGGUGAUCGUUCAUUGCAGCGCUGGCAUCGGGCGCACCGGCUGUUUCAUAGCCAUCUGCGUUGGUGUCAGCCAACUGCUGGGGGAGAACAAUGUUGACAUCCUGGGUAUUGUUUGUCGCAUGAGAUAUGACCGAGGCGGUAUGGUGCAGACAGCAGAGCAGUAUGAGUUUAUCCACCGAGCGCUCGCAUUGUUUGAGCGGUCACUACCUGACCAGUCAGGCGAGUGAAGAGUUGACCUUCGCUGAUACAGAACCUGACCUUGAGAAGUCUGCGUGACCGCAGCAACAGACAGCCCAGCCGCACAAUUCCACCACUCUUAGACCUUAGUUCUCUUUCUUCACAUUUCAUUUCGAUUGUGUAGCGGCCCAUUUUAAUUUACCACCGACUAUCAUCGUACAAUAGCACGCUCAACACUGGAUGUGAACAGCAGUAACAAUUUUCUGAGGUGAAAUGGCUCCCGUCUCUGUUACCUUAGAUACGUGUCUAGUUACCUCACUCUUGCCUCCCGGUAGAACGUACGUUUGCUGAUGUACCGGUACCUCAUCGUAUACCUCUAUGUAUGUAAGUAACUCAAUGAAAACUGAUGACGCUUAUACAUAUAUAAAUAAUAUAAUUGUAGGUCUCCUAAGCUAAGAUGUAAAUAUUUGUUGUAAAUCGAUGUUUCGCCACUAAGAACUAAUUUCCAAUAUUGUUUUACGACCUUGUGUAACUUUUCUGUAAGUAAAUUUUAACCUAGUUGAGAGCAAGGAAGAACGUGAGAGAUCUAUAAUAGACUAUAUCGAUGUUUUGUUGUUGGAAUAGUUUAUGAUGUAUUAAGUCUAUAAAAUAUUAAUUUUUUUA